AUGUCUUCAUUGCAAGAACUACAGAACCGUAACUUGGACGAAAACCGCGGACCAGAAUUCCGAGCUUUCUUAAUAUGCAUGCUCACCUUGAGCAUUACAGUAGUAGCUCUACGCUUCUGGUCUCGCGCUAUUGGCCCACGAGUGUCUCAAGGAAAAGCCACGCAUCGAUUUUGGUGGGAUGACUGGGUAGCUUUCUUAGCUCUAAUUUGCCUCAUGGCAUUUACUGCAGUUGCGAUAACUCUAGUUCACUUUGGAUUAGGUCGACAUAUCUGGACACUGGACGAAACUGAAUUAUUGAUGGUUUUCAAACUUUUUUACACUGUCUAUUAUGUCUACGAUGUGUCCUUAUUUCUUACCAAGACAUCCGCCCUAUUAUUUCUUACCCGUUUGUUUCCGAGGCACACAAACCCUACAUGGUGGAAUAUCGCUUUGUGGGUAACCCAUGGUAUGAACUCUGCGUGGUUUGUUGGUAUUUGCUUUGGGACUGCUUUUAUGUGUAAGCCGCUUGCAAAAGGAUGGAACCCGUUGAUACCUGGAGAGUGUGGGGCAACAAGUGCGCUCUGGAUUGGAAGCGCCAUUCCAAGUGUCAUUAUCGACUUGGUCAUUCUACUGCUACCUUUGCCAAAAAUCUGGUUUCUUCACAUCAGUGUAGCGAGAAAGACCGGUGUCACACUUGUUUUCAUCUUGGGGUACUGUGUCAUUAUUGUCUCACUUGGUCGAUUGAUAACUGUACUCAGAUCCGCCAAAGCUUUGGAUCAGGAUAUUACUUACGAGGGAAUGCCCAUGGUGUAUUGGGUCUCUACCGAGUGCCCAGCUACCAUCAUCAGUAUUUGUCUUCCUCCUAUGCUGAAUAUUGUCCGCCAUUUCUACAAAGGGUUUCUCUCGCCGUUUACGAGCAAGAUAUCGUCCAUGAUGACUUCAAAAUCAACUGCCUCAUCGUCAACAAUAAAAAGUCCUGGUAUGUUUUCAAGGUCAGGAUUGAAAUAUUCCGGCGGAAAUAGUGAUGUGAACCUUCGGACUGAAUCCAAUGGAAGCUCUCAUAGCCUUUGGCAGUUAGAUAAUCGUGGUGCUUCAGUGGAAAUUACGAUCUAA